UAUACAUAAAUGGGUUUGAAUCCGGUCGACGUUCAGCUUUCCUCACUCCAUACUUUUCUCUUCCAUCAGUAUCGAACGAAAUCGUUGAAGCGAUUAAGGAGGAAAAGUGGAUUCUAGGACAAAGAGAACCAGAGAAAAGAAAAAUUAUAAAAACAUUCGAGAACAGAGAACAAUGGAAGCCAAAGGAAGUGUUGCGGCUGCAGAAGCAUGGGAGGGGAUGAAUCAAGUGAGGCGUAUCAAUGUAAUUUAUUUUCUGUGUCGGAUGGGACGAAUAGAGCAUCCUCACCUUAUCCGAGUUCAUCAUUUCAGUCGAAAUGGCGUUCACUUACGAGAUGUGAAGAGAUGGCUCUCGGAUUUACGAGGAAAAGACAUGCCUGAUUCAUUUUCCUGGUCUUACAAAAGUCUAAUUAAUCGCAGGAGGUACAAGAGAAGUUAUGUCUGGCAAGAUUUGGUGGAUGACGACCUCAUUACUCCAAUAUCUGAUAACGAAUACGUCCUCAAAGGAUCUGAAAUCUACUCUGUUCCCUUCGGAUUUACAGAUGCUCGUCCUUGCGGUGAAAAGAAAGCUUCAACAGAAAACCCACAAAAGAAAAUGGAGGUGUCACCUAAAACCUCCGAAGAAAUCGAAAUCGUAACAGACGAGGAAACAUCAGAACCGUUUGAAUCAGAGAGGUCAACAACGACGGACGAAUCAAUGAAAUCGAAUGCGAGAAAGCCAGAGAAAGAAGAAAACAACAGUGAAAAGAAUACAGAGAAGACCAAACCACCAUUGACGCACUCUACAUGUUUCUCCAAGAGUAAGAGCUACUCGAGCGGAACUUCUUACGUAUUCCGCAACCUACUCACGUGUGAUGUGGUCGACACCAACGAAUCAGCCAUAAUGACGAUCAAUCGGGUAAAUAGAACUACGAAGAAUGCUUCAAAUGAAGCAGGGUUUUGUAAAGCAGAGACUAUGGGUGGGUCUCAGAGGAUCUUCGGUAAUGCUUGGGAUCAACAGCCGCGUCAACAGAAUUCCAGGAAAAGCUUUACUGGAGUGAAGACUCCAAAGAGCAUGAAUGAACUUGCAAAUCAGAAGAAAAAUUCUGCCGCUUGUAAGCCAAUCGUGGAGCCUAAUUGCUCGCAAUGUGGAAAAGCAUUCAAACCAGAGAAAUUGCAUUCCCAUAUGAAGUCUUGCAAAGGCAUGAAAAGCUUAAACAAGAAUGGUGGUGGUGGUGCUGCUGCUGCUACUAUAACCCUGGAGAAAACAUCAUCAAGGAGAUCAACAGACACAUCAAAGGAAGCAUCAACCUAUUUUCUGACCUGCUAAUUAACAUGUUCUUUAAUCAUUUCAUUGUGCAAAUUCUUCUUCUUCUUGUUUUUAGGAUAGGUUUCGUUGGUCUGAGAGACCACAGGAGGGAUAGAAAUCAUCAUUCUAAGGGUGUUUCAGACACUUCAUUCUAUAAGAGGAGAGUUUCUUCUAUUUUUAUGGUCUACUACUCCAGACCACAUUGUCCCAUCUUUGCUCUUUCCAGUAGUCUAUUUCUCUCCUCUUCUUGAAAUCUUUGUCCUGCUGAUUUCAUCAUGUAAAGAAUGGAAGGAAAGGUGCAUAAGCAGGGGAGGAAAUGCAAAUAGAAUGAUGAG